GAGAGAGAGAGAGAGAGAGAGAGGAUUCAAUAACCGAAAAUAAGAAAAAAGCCCAGAUUUUUAGGGUUUGCAGUCUUUGGAUGCAAAUUAAGAUUAGAUGGGUGACGUUGAAGAGAUUGGACCUGAUAUUAGUUCGGAUAUAGAAGAAGACUUGAGGUGUGAAAAUAUUGCGGAUAAAGAUGUCAGUGACGAAGAGAUUGAAGCUGAAGAGUUGGAGAAACGAAUGUGGAAGGAUCGAAUCAAACUCAAAAGGCUCAAAGAAAAAGAAAAACAGAAACUUGAAGCUCAACAAGCUGCAGAAAAGCAGAAGCCCAAGCAAACAUCUGAUCAGGCUCGAAGAAAGAAAAUGUCAAGAGCACAAGAUGGGAUUCUCAAGUAUAUGUUGAAGCUGAUGGAAGUGUGUAAAGCUCGUGGUUUUGUGUAUGGUAUCAUUCCUGAGAAGGGAAAGCCAGUGAGCGGUGCUUCUGAUAACAUCAGAGCUUGGUGGAAAGAAAAGGUGAAGUUCGAUAAGAAUGGCCCUGCAGCCAUAGCCAAGUAUGAGGAGGAGUGUAUCGCCAUGAGUGAUGCGGAUAAUAGUCGAAAUGGGAAUUCUCAGAGCAUCCUCCAAGAUCUACAAGAUGCAACUCUUGGUUCUCUAUUGUCUUCUUUGAUGCAACACUGUGACCCCCCUCAAAGGAAGUAUCCAUUAGAAAAGGGAAAUCCACCACCUUGGUGGCCGACAGGAAAUGAAGAUUGGUGGCCCAAAUUGGGGCUACCCUAUGGUCAGAGUCCUCCUUAUAAGAAGCCGCACGACUUAAAGAAGAUGUGGAAAGUCGGAGUGUUAACAGCUGUGAUAAAGCAUAUGUCACCUGAUAUUGCAAAGAUAAGGAGGCAUGUCCGCCAGUCAAAAUGCUUACAGGAUAAAAUGACAGCGAAGGAGAGUGCAAUUUGGUUAGGGGUUCUAAGCCGAGAGGAAUCCCUCAUUCGACAGCCUAGUAGUGAUAAUGGGACAUCUGGCAUAACUGAGACGCCACAAAGUAGCCGUGGUGGAAAGCAAGCUGCUGUUAGUAGUAACAGUGACUAUGAUGUUGAUGGUACUGAUGAUGGGGUAGGGUCUGUUUCAUCCAAAGAUGAUAGGAGGAACCAGCCGAUGGAUCUAGAGCCAUCAAGCAAUCUUUGCAAUAAUACUCUUAAUCAUGUCCAAGAUAAAGAGCAAAGUGAAAAGCAACCAAGGAGAAAAAGGCCCCGUGUCAGAGCAAGCCCUGUUGAACAACUUCCUGCACCAUCUCAUAAUGAGAAUAUACAUCUUGGACCAAGAAAUGCUUUGCCUGAUAUAAACCAUACUGAUGUACAGAUGACUGGAUUUCAGGUUCAUGACAAUCAACAGGAAAAUGGUACAAUCACAACUUUACGGCCACUGGAGAAGGAUCUUGAUAUCCAAGCACAAUUACCAGCAUCUGAGUUUAACUACUACUCUGCUGUACCUUCAGACAACGUAAUUUCAACACAGGGCAUGCAUGUGGGUGGAACACCCAUGCUUUAUCAUGGGGUGCAAGAUGCUGAGGUGCAUUGUGGAGAUACAUUUAACGUUUAUAAUCCAUCAGCAGAAUAUCCGCCCAGUCAUGACCAGCCGCCGUCUCAGAUUGUGAUGAAUGAACCACAGAUUAGACCAGCAGAUGGAGUCCAUAUACCAACAGUACAUAGAAAUGGAAGUGAAAUUGCUGGAGGAGAUUUGCCAUAUUAUGUAAAGGACACAUUUCAGAGUGAGCAAGACAGAACUGUUAAUGCUAACUUUGGGUCUCCAAUUGAUAGCCUGUCAUUAGAUUAUGGAUUAUUCAACAGUCCAUUCCACUUUGGAAUUGAUGGAAGUGGUUCAUUAGAUGACCUUGAGCUUGAAGAAAUGAUGGAAUACUUUGCAGCAUAACUUAUUAGAUCCUAUGUCACAUAGCUUAGAAUGGACUGAAAAAAUGUUGCAUUCUUUGCCCACCUGGGAUAAAGUCCGGUGCUGUGUGUUGGACAUAUUCUCAUCUGGGUUUUAUCAUUUGUGUAUUCCGAGACUAAGUUGUGAUUUUAAUUUUUUUGAACUCAUAAUCUUGCAAUCGAAGGGAACAGAAUGAUGUAAUUCUGUGUUGUAGUUUCUUUUCACUUAUCUUCAAUAAGAACGAAAGCAAAGCGUGGGUUUCAUGUAAA